CGCAGCAAACCACCGGUCCAAGAUCCCUUACAUGCCAGAGUAAAGCGACCACCGAGGCGAGAAGAACUUGAAAUAGAAGAAGAAAAAGAAGAAGAAGAAGAAGAAGAAGAAGAAGAAAAAGUCAUAAUCAGAAAGCAAUAACGAGCACAAAGACCCAAGACCCGGAACCAACGGCAAACAACCGACGCAAUGGUCCUCAUCACGCGCGCCAUAUCCAUCACCAACUUCGCCGUCGCUUCCUCCGCCCUCGGCUUCCAGGUUUUCGUCCUGUACCCCUGGCACGAGCAGCUCUCCCACGACUUUGAAGAGCUCAAGAAGGAGCACCUCCGCGUCCUCGACUACGUCAAGGGCGUCGACGCCGGUCUGAGGAAGGGACAGGGCGGCGCGCCCAAGGGAGAGUCGCUCUUGGAGCGUCUCGGCUACAAAUCGUAGGUCCGUUGCCGCCCUCGGUGGCCUGCUGUUAAUUGGUAUCUCCCUCUCUUUGGAGGGGGGGGGCUUGAACUUGUUCGGGAUCGGUCUGUCCUGUCCAUCCCCGUCCUUCAUUCUUUUUGGUCCGACAUUCGUCAAAUGAGAGAAUAAAAGAGCUUAAUAUACCCCACGAUGUACCGUAGCAUCGCGUCCAUGCCGUGUCUUUGUGCUCGGUC